UACUAACGCGACGCCGGCGCUGCUCAUCAUUCAUCGUUGCAAGACAAUCGCGAGAAUCGUCGUCGUAGUCGCGGCUUCCACCCAGUCAUCGUCAAUCAGUUGGUUGUGCUCUCGCAACGAGUGCAGACGCGAAUUGUGGCACGCGAAGUUGGUCGUACUGCGCAGGUUAACUAGCGCAUUUAUUGCUGUAUUAACCCAAUUCAGUUCAGUUCGAUUUGCAUUAUCGGGAAUUUCCUGCCGCCAACAGUCUUAUAGUGCCAAGUGAAUUUUUAUUAAAGAAUUUCAACCUGUUAUUUCUUUGAAACGCAAACACCAGGACAAGUUACAAUGGCAUCAAAGAUGAAGAAGGAAAAGAUUGGAAUCAUCGGAAGCGGACUGAUUGGCAGAUCAUGGGCCAUGCUGUUUGCCGGUGUUGGCUAUCAGGUCACCAUUUUCGAUAUCAUCCCCGAGGUGGUCGAGAAAGCCCUCCAGCUGACCAAGGAUGAGCUGAACAGUCUGGAACGGCAAGGAUUGCUUCGAGGAACCCUUAAUGCUGCUGAACAGUUCGCGUGCAUUCGCGGGUCGCACAACCUGAAGGAAACCGUGGACGGUGCGUUGUUCCUGCAGGAAUGCGUCCCGGAGAAUUUGGAUUUGAAGAAAAAGUUGUACGGCGAUUUGGACAAGGUGGUAGGAAAGGAUACGAUUAUUUCCAGUUCGACGAGCACUUUUAUGCCGUCGUUGUUCAGCAAGGACUUGAACCACAAGGAUCAGGUUCUGGUUUCUCACCCAGUGAAUCCCCCAUACUACGUUCCUUUGGUGGAAAUUGUGCCAGCUCCUUGGACAAGACCAGAAUUUACGGCCAAAACUCGGGAACUGAUGACGGAAAUCGGUCAGAAACCCGUUACGCUGUCCCGAGAAAUUGAAGGCUUCGCCCUGAACCGCAUCCAGUAUGCCAUUCUGAAUGAAACGUGGCGCCUGGUGGCGGACGGUAUCUUGAGCGUCAAGGACAUCGACAGUGUCAUGUCCGAUGGGCUGGGAAUGCGCUACGCCUUCCUGGGUCCGCUGGAAACGGCCCACCUGAAUGCCGAGGGAAUGCUCAGCUAUUGCGAUCGGUAUUGUAACACCAUAUACGCCGUGAGUCAGACGAUGGGAGCCACUCCGAGAAUGGAGGGACCGGUGGCGCAGCAGGUGGCCAAGGAACUUGAAGAGAUGGUACCACUGGAUCAGCUACCCGAGAGACGAGCCUGGCGAGAUGCUUGCUUGACCAAGCUGGCUCAGUUGAAGAAAACUAUUUGAGCCGUUGGAUGAGAGUGAUGAACUAAAUACGUACUAUUCUAA